CCACCAUACCACUCACGACACAGCAUGACUUGAGGGAGAAACACAGAAUAAGGAAAUCAUGUUUGCCGCACGCAACCUGGACGAGAACGCGAUCAACGCCCAGCAGCAAGUCGCCGCUGCCAAACCACUGAACCAGAGCGUUCGCGGUCUUGCGCCCAAGACUCCCGCAAACAAGCCUGCCUUCAAAACGCCAGCACGAGGCAACCAGAAUGACGAAAAUACGAAGCUAGACUUGGGUAAGACGGGAGGAAAGGAUGGCAAGUUGGAUCGCAAUGCAUUCGUGACCCCCGCCAACAAUCGCGUGCGAGCUCCUCUCGGCAACAAAACGACCAACGCCAAAGCACUCCAGACCCCAGCUCUGCAGCUGCCUCCAGAAGAUAAGGUCAAGGGCAGUUCCCCACGACUUCGUCGCUCGAAGAUCAAGGUUCACGAAGCUCUGGAUACUGCCCAUGAUGUGCUCAAUACACACCCAGAAGAGCGCGCAAUCGAGUACAUGCCGCCGCGUGAAGUGCCUCUCAACAAUGACCCAGACGACAUUCUGCCUCUUUCCAUGAAUCUCAAUGCGCUCAAGGGAAAGAAUCUGACCAAGGGAUGGUGGUCGGAGUACAGUGGCAAGGGAGAAAACGACGAGGACAGUGAGCUGAGCGACUUUGAAGAGAAGGUGAGGAAAGCCGAAGCCGAGCAUAAGAAACGGGAUACACAGAAGUCGAAGCCGGUAACGAAGCCAUUUGCUGGCAGAGCUGCCACAGCUGGACCUACAAAGUUUGCGCCCACUACAGUGCAAGCGCGAAAGGCCGCUUCAGUACUCAGCAGCAGGCAUACCACGAAAGCCGCAGUCCCAAGCUUCACUGCACCAACAGCAAUGGCCAAGGCUCGUCUGGCUGGAUCUAUCAUGCCUGCUGGACGGAAGCCUGCCCCUGCUCUGGGCAACUCUCGCUUUCCAGCUGCAAAAGCAGCAUCGAACAGUACAAUUGGGUACUCCAAGGGUAGAUCUGUCUCAGCGACCACUCGCCCGCCUCUGUCCAAUCUGUCCUCUCGACCGCAAGCGAAGAGCAAAGUCGAAGAGCCAAAUAGAGGAACUCUUGAUGAUUUGGCCGGUUUUGGGACGAUGGAUCUGGAUGAUGAUGAAGAUGGCGAUUUAGGAUUCGGUGUCAAUCGCAGUGGCUUGGACGUACUGCUCGACGACGACGAGGAGGAGCUCUUCCAGCUUGAUCCCGUGGAAGAUCUUUGAUUACGUCUUUCCUUUGUACUCCUUGUAUUGUUUGACAUGGCGUUUGUAAGACCACGGGAUGUGGCAGGCAGGUUAUACCACAGUUUGAAUAGCGCAAGUAUCUUUUCUGGCGAUUGAAUACUAGAACACGUUCG